CACAAAAGAAUUUCUUGGUUCAAAUUUUUUCACAUUUUGUCUUCACAAAUAUUUACUUUUUUGUUCAACAAAUUAUAAUCGCAUGCAUUUCUAUAUGUACAAGGUAAUUGACAUGGGAUUUUGUUUUUUGAGGAAGUUACAGCACAUAAAAUUAGAACCAACUGAAACGACCAAUCUCUAGGUGACCAUCAGUUCGCACAAUAGGCGGCCUUAAAAUUAGGACCAAUUAAUCAAUUUUUAAAAUAAAUCCAGAUUUACAAUUUGGAAUACAAGCGCUAUCGUUAUUGUUGAAGAAGAAUUCUGGAAGAGCUUAAAUAUGAAUUCAUCAACUAAUAAGGAUACAGAGGAUGUGAAGGGAAUGGAAAGGAGAGUGGAAAGUGUGGAUUACCAAUCAUCAGUUGGGCAAGGACAAGAACAAAGACCUGUAGAAUUAAUUCAAUCAAACACCAGUGGUGGUGUAUUAGCUAAUGCUGCUGCCUCUGUUGCAUCCACCCUCGAGUCUGCAAAAAGAGCUAUUUCACGGAAAUAAUAUAUCUCUUGUCUAAUUUUUCUAAUGCCUACCUACUUGUUUAUUUUUAAAUUGCGAAAAGUUCUUCAUGUAACUCAACCUAUACAUGUGUCCAUAGUUCAGUCUUAAAAAAAAUAUUCAUCGUGAUAUCUAUUAAUAUUGUUCACUACUCUCGUAUAAAUACUUGAUUUUUUUAAA